AUGGCCAACCGUGUGCACCGAAUCACUAUGUUCAAGCUGCCUAGCAAGGACGAGCAGGCCAAGCUUCUGGACCAGUACCAUAAGCUCAAUGCCUCUCAGCAAAAGGACGGCAAGCCCUAUAUCCUCUCCAUGGUUGUUGGUGCCGCCGAUGAGGAUGCUCGGUCUCAGGGAUACACCUUUGUCUCCAAGACCGAGUUCGCUAGCAUGGAGGACAUGAAGUAUUAUGACGAGGGUUGCCAGGCUCACCA